AAAAUGUCACCUUUUAUUGCACUUUAUAAUUUCUUUAAUACAAAUAAACGUGUACUUUGAUUUAAAAAGCAACUAAAUCAUUUUUAAAAAAAAGUGUUCAACUUUAACUAAAAGUAUGUUGCUCAGCAAGGCCUCUUCUAGUUUUCAACCAAUAUUUGAUGAUAGAUUUAAACUCUAGGAAAUAUAUAUACAUUCUUGUUUCAGUUUUUGCGAGGCAGUAAUAAUGUUAAGCAAGAAUAUUAUAAUAUUAUGUACAAAAAUAUUCUUGUCAUAUAUACCCUCGAAGACGCUAGUUUAAAUUUAAACUUUUGUUUAGUCUCUGAGGACACUGCGUCACGUUUUAGAUAAUCUGUAUAGUCGUCAUUCUGCAUGAUGACUUUCCUUUUUUCCUAAAUACUUCUAGUUUACAUUGGUUGUAUGCGCAUAUGAGAAACUGGCGUGAAAACCGACAAACGAGACCUGCCGGCCGCUUCCAUUGCCUACCUAAUUUUUUCGAUCGAAUCCCACCGAGUUCGCCUUCUGUGUCCUCUUCAGCAAACACAGUAGCGCUCUAUACCCUCCUACUUCGAGGACGCUGCUGACGAUGCCGCUAGCCUCCUCAUCUGCUCAGGACACUUUCCGCUCCCCAUCUAUUGAAUCUGCCGUGUGAGGCGCUCCUCUCUCAACAUCCAAUGCUCUGACACCUCCCAGAUAAGCGUCCUUUCCCCCUAAUCGCGCACGGCGCCUUCUUUAGGCGACUCCUCAAACCAUAACACUCGCCCAGCCAGCUAGACAUCCUUUCAUUCGCUGCUACCGUGUCGGCCGUCAAUAUCCUGACGCCCUUCUCGGGAUAUCUACAAGUUAUUCUUACAGCUGACCCUGUAUAGACUCAGCUGACCCGGCCUUUGUCUCAUGCCGGAUUGUUGUUGACGUUAAAAGGGAAAGUUCGUGCUGUUCGUCAUUUUUUGUCUUUUUCUACCGCUACUCGGUAUUUAACAUGUGCGAUAAAGAAAUGGGGCUUGUUCAACCGAUUGUGGUAUUUGCGAUGAUACAGGCAGUUUCGGUUGGAUGUUGGGCCUUGCCAACACCCACCAUUUUGAAUAAACAGCAAUUAUCGCCACAUCUGCAGCCACAGAUGUCGAUGUCAAAAGCUAUCUCCCGGAUCUCAACAGCAGACGCUGAGUCCCAGGAAGUGGCGUCGCUGCUUCGUCCAGUGGAUCCAUCGGAACCCGACGCUCUACUGAAGUUCGUCGUUUUUGAGCUGGAACGAUCAAAACGUGACGCGGGAACGCUGGCGGCGUGUGAGGGUAUCGAGGUAGCGCGAAUUGUCAGUCGGCCAAGAACCGUUGAAAACGGGGUGCGGUACACGAUCGAACUGAAAGUUAAGCCGGUACAUAUCGUCACAGACAAGUGUAAUAAUAACGCUGUAAAGGACCUCAUUCCAAGCACGCUCGAGGAGUGUCAACUUGAGGUAUGGGAGGGCAUGGAGCCCGCUGGAGAAAUGCAUCCAAUGGCUAUGCUCAAAUCAACAUGUAAACUUCAGAAGGACUAAAAUCCCAUGAUGAGAAGGUCGUUGUGACAACACGAACUUUUUUUUUGUUCUAAGCCUCUAUUGAAGCCUCGGAGCGAGGUCCGCAGUUAAGAACAUUUACAUGAAAACCGACAGGAGAAGGAGAAAAUGAAAACGGUGAGGCAUAUGAAAAAACAAAUGGAUGCCCUAGGGGCGAGGAGCUUAAAAACGAAGGUAUUACUGGAGAUGUAUUAAGGUUAACUAAUUUUCGAUAUCGUUACAAAUAUAUAAUACAUAAACAUGGUCUUGCACGGUUGUCGAAUAGGACACAAAAAACAAUCAUAUGUAAAAAAAGCUGAUCAAGAGUGCGUACCUGCGUUUUUCACUGGGCAUUUCGCUGCGGUAACGAAUGGAUGGACUAUUGACUGCCAACAACACGAACGACGAAAGGUGGCAAAAUAAGUGUUAUAUGUUAAUCACACAAAUUAAAAUAAGAAGUCCGAACUGUAGGAUUUCAAAUUAAUUAAUUAAUUGAACAAAUAGACAAAGGCAGACGAAACGCAAAUGUAACUUACAAGCUAAACGCUAAGAGUAUCACUAACUUGUUUUUAAAGGAUACCAGUAUCUGAAUGAUUUUCACUGCUUACACUGAAAUUUCCACGUAUCUAGUGUUAACUGGAGAAUCGCCUAGCAGAGAAAAGGAUCUAGCCGAUUCGCUAUUGGGGGUCUAGGGUCAAUUGAGAAAUAUAAAUAGCACAAGUUUAUAUCCACCCAGCCAUAUUGUGGGUCUUAAAUGCAUUCGUUAUCUAUGACAGUAGAUGACAAUAUUCCGUAGAUUAAGGCUGAACAAGAAUUCACAUUAGUUUACAUAUAUUACCUCUUAUUUCUUUCCGAAACCUGUUGAUAAGCUUUGCGCAUGUCCAUGGGUUUAUAUGAUUCAAUUAGAUGGUGGCUAAUGAAAAUUCUCAGGUUACAUUUAACCUGAAAUGAAAAUGAUUUUGAAAAUUAAAAUGAAAAUCUAAAAUGAGCAAGGGGUCCCGAUAACAUUAUUUUUACAUUUCCUCGACGAUGGCGACAUAGUGGUAAGUUUCGGCGAAAUGGAUGGAGGGGGGUUCAACCUCUGCUUAGUCGAAACCUUUUUACGUAGAGAAAGUUAGAUAGAACUAAAAAGGUCUCUAGUAAGUUCGAACCUUGUAACUUUUCUAACGUGACGGAACGAAACGUAUACAUUCAAAUUAUUUAUGAAUUUUCUUCAGGAGCAAGCAAAAGCUGCUCAUUGACAGAAUUACCAUGAAAGUGAAGGUCGUUUGUGAUCUAAACAUCAUGCACGCUAUGUAGAAGAGUAAUAGAAAGAGGAAAAUAACUGGGAGUAGGCUCAUCUAAAAGUUGUACGUUGAAUUUAUUGGUAAUCAAAUCGUAUAAACAAUGCCCUUGGAACGGCAAAAAAAUAAAGCCAGCCAUCUAACGGGAGCAAAUUGAUAUGGGGAAGUGAAGACACAUUUUGAGGUAUCGGACGUGAUCGUACUACCGACCGAAACUGAAUGGUAACCGCUUAGUAAUCUACAAUUUCGAAUACUUAACGUGAAUGAACAACUAGGCCAAAAACAGAUAGCCAUAUUUACUAAUAUUGUAUUAUAGGUAUGGCCGAAUUAAAGUACGUAAGUAGAAACCGUAUCCACGUAUUUGGGGAAGAUCAGCUUAUUUGAUUCUUACAUCCGUAUGAUAAUAUUGGUAUGUGUAAUUAUAUGCAUGAGAACAGUCCUGCAUGGAUUUUCGUAAAUAACUUUAUGCUCUUUUUACUCUCGUUUUCCUAAUUACUAUAAUUAUUUCAAAUAAAUAAAUAAACGUAGCUGAUUUUAUAGGCUUUCGUGUGAAGUUAUAAUGGAUAAUAUCAUAUACCUUUAGAACUGCUAAAAAGUAUUUAAUGUAAAAGUAUAUUUUAAAUAGAAAUAGAUAUUGAUUGAAUAAAAUUCUAUAUAUAUAUAUAUAUAUAUACAAUAUAAGUCAUAUUCACGAGAGAUGCUACAAAGUCAAAUAAAGUUGUGAACGAACAACUAAUUAUCUAUCAACUACAGUAUUAUUAUUAUUAUAUCUAUAUAAACCGUCCUAAUCAAUACGUUUUCUGCUUUACUAUACUAUUGUCAGCUCGGAUUGGAAAUAAAUUCAAAAAAAAUACUUGAACGCGUGAUUAAAUAAAAUGCUGAUACUUCUUAAGCCAAUAGGGUUUAUUGAUUUGUUCUGACUCAUCAUCAUUGCACAAUGUUGUAGCUGCGAAUGCCUUGGCACUCUUCGUAUCACGACUAAAAAUACCUAUCGAAAAGGAAUAUAACGGAAAGCACACGAAAAACUUAACAUAGACGCAAUAGACCGUGGAUCUACGAACAUACACAAUCAGUAAGAUACACGCUCAUUUUAUUCUCGUACACGUACAUCGGUUUGCCGCAUUUAUUAAACAUUUUCGCAAAGAAAGCAGUAGUUUCCUCAUUCGUGCAUUAAUUGCAUCAUUUGGUACUACAUCCGGUGCUUCAAUUGAAGCUUUCCCAGCAUCCUCAUCGCCAUCAUUAUUAUAUUACGUAAGAUCGCUUUUUGUUAUUACGUGAAGUCUAUUGUGUAUGGAGUAUAGUGUUCAGCAGUAUUAGGUAAAGAUGAUGAAGGGUACAAGCAGUCAAAUGCUCCGUGGAUACGUCUGUGUGACCGAUGCUCAAUCUUCGCAUAACAUUAACAUAAGUAAUAGGAUUGUUCGUAUUAAGAAAAUUCACAGGGUUAGGGUCUAGAGGCUCGUUUUUACCGGGACUGGCAUUAGUAUUUCCAAUAAAGUCUCAUGUAUAGCUGCCGUUUGUAUGAACCAAUCCUUACUGAUUCGAUUUUUCCAAUAACGAGUUGCUUUUGGAAAUUAUUGGGGAAGAGUUGGGGGGGGGGGGGGGAGGUU